AUGUUAGAUGAAAUUCAUAGACAAGAACGUGAAGAGAUGGAAAACAAGCUUGAAGCAAAAGAUGAAGUCAUUGAAGCAAAAGACAAAAGCCUUCAGAAAAGAAUACCACGUUCGGUACCAAAAGGAAAGGAAAAGAACUAUAAGUAUAUGAUUUAUACUGAAGAGAUGGAAAAUGAAGAAGACAGAGAUAUGGUUAUGUUGCAUUUAGUCAGAAGAAACAACAAAAGCUUUUACGACCUUGCUAAGAUUUACAAAUCUGACAGAAAUUGGUUCUAUCGCGAAAACUUACCGAUUUCAAUGACACCGAAUGAAGAUGUGAAACAAAUAGUUCAAGAUACGUUACCUCAAACACACUAUGAUAUUAAAGGUUGUACAAUACUUACCUUCAAAGAAGAUUUGCCGCUACUGAAGGAAAAAAUAACAGA